AUUGCUGCUGAAGGUUAUGCUAAUUUCCUUAUAUUUCUUCAGUGCGAGGCUGGACAUGUUUUGUGUUCUCAGUGCCUGGAAAAGCUCCGUGUGGUCGGGCACGCUUUGAAGUUAGACAUUUUUUGUGAUCUGUGUUGCAAAACCAUGAGCUACCGUCGCUGUGCCGAACUAGAGCAAUUCAUCAACGCCAUCAAAGUUCCAUUCUCAAACCAAACUUAUGGCUGCAAUGAGUUCAUCAGAUACCAUGAGAAAGUGAAGCAUGAAAGCGAAUGUACACAUGCUCCAUGCCACUGCCCAGAUACUGACUGCACUUUCAGAGGGGCAAUAUGUUGCCUUCUGGAGCACUUCAUCACCGCGCAUGGAUGGUCGCCGACCAACUUCAGCUACAACAAGCCACUGAAGGUAUCAGUUGCUCGCGACCACCGUUUCACGCUCCUCGUCGGGGAAGACCAGUCCAUGUUCCUCCUGUCUAACACUCUGACGGGAAUCGGCAAUGCUCUAUCCAUGGUCUGUGUCAGGCCUCAUGAAUCUGGACCAAACUAUUCAUGCAACAUCUCGGCUGCUAACAGUGUUGUUAGUGGAAAAGCUGAGGGGAGACUCGUGUUCCAGAAGGACCCACUUGUGUCGAGCAGCUCUCUGUCAGGUGGAGUUCAGUUGGGCAAGUUCUUCCUGCUGGUUCCCCCGGAACUCGCUGAUAACCCAUCGAGUGAACUUACGGUACACAUCCGUGUUGACAGACUCGUGGCUUAGGGAUCUCAGCUAGAAGUUCAGAGAAUUCUGGGUCGCCGUCCUUGCAACUAACAUCACUAGGAAUGACUGCAGAAGAAAAUUGUUUUGUUAUGUAGCUUUGUUGUCUGUAAUGGUAGAAGUUACCAGACCCCAAACUCAUGAGUGUCAUGAAUGGCUGGCUGCUCUUGGUUAUGAAGAAUAGCUUCAGAUGUACUGGUUGCUUAAUGUACCAGUUGAGAUCUAUAUCUUGCAACUGAAAAUUAUACUGUU